ACCCGGCCCGUCCCUGCUCUGUCACCUCACAGUAGUCGUUGCCGGUGGCGGGCGCGGGGGCGCGAGCAGCGCUGGGCGGCCUCUCCCCCGCCCCUCAGGCCGGGCCCGGGCUCGGUCCCCCCCCCCGCUCCCUCCGCUCCCCACCCCGUGGUGUACGGGAAGGUCCGCGCCUCUGCCGGUGCCGAGGGACUGGGUGGGCGCCGCCGCCACGGGUCCUGAUGGAGCCGCCGAACCUCUACCCGGUGAAGCUCUACGUGUACGACCUGUCCAAGGGCCUGGCCCGGCGCCUCAGCCCCAUCAUGCUGGGGAAACAACUGGAAGGCAUCUGGCACACCUCCAUAGUCGUGCACAAGGAUGAGUUCUUCUUUGGCAGCGGCGGUAUCUCCAGCUGCCCCCCGGGAGGGACAUUGCUUGGGCCCCCAGACUCUGUGGUUGAUGUGGGGAGCACAGAAGUCACAGAAGAAAUCUUUUUGGAGUACCUGUCCUCCCUGGGGGAGUCUCUGUUCCGAGGGGAGGCCUACAACCUCUUUGAACACAACUGUAACACCUUCAGCAAUGAAGUGGCACAGUUCCUGACCGGGCGCAAGAUCCCUUCUUACAUCACCGACCUUCCCUCUGAAGUUCUCUCCACGCCCUUCGGCCAGGCCCUGCGGCCCAUCCUAGACAACAUCCCGAUCCAGCCCCCCGGGGGGAGCACCGUGGGCCGACCCAGCGGCCAGAGCUAACAGGACUGCCUGGGACCGCCCUGCCUCCCCAGGGCCUUUCCUUUUUAAACAAAACAAACCCUACCAGAUUUCUAUUUUAUAAUUUUACAUCAGAGCUAACAACCAGGGGACGGCUUUUUAACAUUUCCCAGGGAAGGAGAUCAUCAGGCUGCAUGUAGGUCGAUGCUGCUAAGAAAUGGAACAGAACGCCACCCCUUCUAAUGGCAUUACACUCAUUUACCAAGGCUGUCUUGUCUGUGAGUUCACUUUUGACGCUGCUUCCUGAGCGUCCUCCAAACCGGAGAAGGGAGGGGCUUGCUUAAGCAGAAAAGCAAGAGGCACAACCUGGGGGAACCCAGCCUGCUCUUUCCAGACAACACCCACGCUCUGCCCAGGUUGCCACUCGCUGUGGGACCCCAGUGAGUUUCACGACCUCCAUGGCCCGGAAGCAGUUACUCUCUAGGGUUAAAUGAACCAAAGGAUUUGGUGCACGUGGGACCAGUUUCAGGAUGACUAACCCAACCUGAGCAAACUCUUUAGCUACAAACCUUUCUCCCCUCCCUGCCUCACUUUUGCAAAGCCAUGGGGGCAGGGCUGGAGUGACCAGAAGCCUCAGCACCCAGGAGAGUGACAGCAAGUGUCAGGCCGGAGCCACCAGGAUAAAGCCAUUCCUCCCUCCGCCUAGACUGACCGCCAAGCCACUGACAUCAGUGGAGAGCCUGCUUGGGGCCCACAGGCUGCCCUCAGCACAGCUCACCCGUCAUGGUAAUGAAGGCUCCACCUGGAGAUCCGAGCCCCCGGCCUCCUGUCUGCAAACAGUAUGGUAGGUUCUCUGCGCUCUGCAGUCACUAAGCCCACCCGCCCAGCGCAGUGUCCCUCUGGAGCCAAGGGGGACUGAUUCCCCGCCUAAGAAUAAGGAUGCAGAAUUCAAGGUGGCAAGAAAAUGUAGAGUGGUUUCUGGUCGGGGUUUUCAGAGAAGUCCAGGGUUUCGCUGUCUUCCAGGCCCCAUUUGCACCGUCACUCUGACUCCAGGGAGCACAGCUGGCAUUUGCUGCAUGAGCUGCUGCUCAGCUUAUAGGAAGAGAACAAUCUAGAAGUUCUUAUCUGAAGAGAUCUUCAGUUUCCCUUUCUUCACACAGCUUCCCAAGUCAGUUUCUUGGGGAAGCGAUCGCGGAGGCACUCAGCAUUGGGGCCGUGUCCCGGCCCGGCAUCCGAGGCUCAGCCUCGGCAUACGUUCCCUUCCCGGCCAGCCUGCAGGCACCUUUCCCCGUUUGCUGCUCAUCUAGCUCGGCCGCUCCCUCGGCACCAGGCACUGCCAGGAUCUGUGCUGGCGGGGAGGGUGUCGUUCUGCCUUACGCCAGGAGCAGGGGUGUGACGUCAGCCCCCAUCCUGGGGCUUUUAAGACCAGAGACCAGACUGGGCAGUUUAAUUCCAUCGAGGCCCACGGAUCCGCCAGUGCCAUGUAACAUGCCGGCCACAAAGCUGGCAGGGACUGUUCCUGUACCCCGACCUGGCAGAAUGGGGCGAAACCCUGCUCUGGCCACCUCUCCCCUCGGCCACCGCUCCGGCUCCCGUAGGGUGUCUGCCCCGCCAGCUUGCCUGGCCCAGUGCGCGUUCCCUCGGGCUCCUGCUCCAGACCUCGCCCCAGCACUCGGCCAUCCCCGGGGUGCUGGGCCUCCGACGCCCCUGCCCCUCCCCUAUUCAGGUUUCUCCCCUUCCAGCAGUCACCUCCAGACCACGGCUGUCCUGCAAAGUAGCCAGCGUGGCUCCCCUAGAGAACGUGAGUCAGCUGGCUCACCGAAAGGCCAUCCACCAUUUGUGCCCAGGCCCAUUGAGAGGAGCGGCAGGGGCAGUAAGCAGUCCGCGGGGCGCCCGGGCAAGGCCAGGACCCGCAGCCGUCCUCGGUUUCUCUGCCCCAGAAGCCUGAGCACACCCGUGGUGGCCAGCUGGGUGGGAGCUGAGCGCAGGGCAAUGGGGCCGUGUGGACAUCGCAGAGGUUUAAAGGGCGGGAAGGAGGGGCUGUAACUCGCUCCCCAGGAAUAAAGCUUGUCCCUCUGACGUUCCUUUAUGCCCUUGUAGUGUUCUGCUAGCUGUGUCUGAUAUGGAGGUGUUGGCUGGUUUUGUUUUUUUAAUCUAAUGCAAUAAACUCAUUUCUGCCUGCU